AUGGCCUCAAAAGCCUCCAUCCCGCGCUUCCUCCUCCCUCAGUACGGUGCCAUCUGGCGCACCGCGGCUAGGACGGUCCCGUUCCCGCGACCCGUCAAUGCCGAGCUCGGCCAGGUCCUCGUGCGAUAUGCCUCCAAGACGGCAGCUUCCACCACAACCGCCGCCGCGAAGAAGUCGGCGGCCGCCACCACAGCUUCCAAGACGGCCGCAGCAAAGAAGGUAGCAGCUCCCAAGGCUGCCUCUACCAAGGCAACGGCCGCAAAGACGACCAGCGCCGCUGCCACCAAAGCCAAGGUGACCCCGCCCAAGACUUCGCCAGUCAAGGCUCCCGUCACCAAGGCGCCAGCCUCGAAGCCUGUCACCCCGAAGACAGCUUCCACAGCGACUGCGAAGGCUGCGGUGCCAAAGACGUCUACUCCCGCACCGGCUGCUGCUCCCAAGGUUGCUCCCAAGACGAUCACGCCCGACCCCUCCAAGCCCAUUGUUCUCGAGAAGCCAGAACGCUUCAACCCGCCAUCUCACGGAUCCAGGCUCCCCCGAUCUAUACCAAAGCACUAUGGCGGUGCCCCAACCAUGGAGGAGGUAACGGCGCAACAGAAGAAGCAGUAUCCCGGCCUCCCGCCGCCCCCGAACACAUGGUCCCACUGGUUCUUGAACAACCGCCACAUCCACAUGUUCAUCACCUUGGGCACCCUGUUGUCUCUUGCGUUCUACACCUUUGCCGCCAAGUUCAACGCCACCUCGCCGUACGCAGACAUGAUCCCGGCCUUCUCCGAGUUCUGGUCGCACCCCAUUGACUACAUCGGCACCUGUCUGCACGUUCUCAAGCUGCACGAGGAGCACAUCUCGGCCGAGACGGCCGAGAAGCGCCGCCGCAAGGUCGACGAUGUGGCCAAGCGCAACGAGUACCGCAAGGCCCACGGCCUGGACUCGGCACAGGGGAUCGAGAGCUGGACCGGUCCCUCCCAGCCGGCCCCAUUGGCCCCGGCGGCCGCGCCGGCAGAGGCUCCUGCUGAGCAGAAGCAGCCCGAGGUCCAGCCGGACUUGUAUAUCGACGAGAACGGAAAGCGCAAGAAGUUCUGGGGGAUUUUCUGA